CAGCGGCAGCAGCGGCUCAUCCAGGAGCGACCCGCCACACAGAGAUAGAUCAGUCCGCUCACAGCGCAGCGAGCAGCGGCCACAGGGAGCGAUACGCACCCCGGAGAGGAAGCCGCCUGGAGGCUCGGACGAUGCUGCAACUCUGUCUUCAGAACCACCGGGAGGUUUAAGCCAUUCUGCAGAGGAGGAGGUGGACAAUGCGGUUCCCUGGUUAACACCCUGCCCCUAAUAUGCUUGUGCACAUUCCUCCGCAUUGCACAUAAAUCCACAUCUUUUUCCACUCUCCUUGCUUCCUUCUUUUUUUCUUUUUGCACCCCCCUCCCUCGCGCACACCGCCCACCUGGAUCGAGCCCGCAGUCGUGCAUUCCGCAGGCUGAGCCGCGCUGCUGCCCACAAGCCGGACGAGCAGACCCGCCACCGGAGAGGAUAGCGGCCGGGCUGCACGGUGCCGUCUGCUGGUGCGCACGAUGCGUCUGUUUCUGCUGGCGGUGCUCUUCUGGUGCUCCUGUGCGCGGGCCGGCUGCGAGCCGAAGAUCGUGAACAUCGGGGCCGUGCUGAGCCAGAAGAGGUACGAGCAGGUCUUCAAAGAUGCCGUGACCCAGGCCAACCAGGUCUACGGCCGGGACAAAUUCAAGCUGACCGCCAUCUCCGUCACGCACAAGCCCAACGCGAUCCAGAUGGCUCUCUCUGUCUGCGAGGACCUCAUCUCCAGUCAGGUCUACGCCAUCCUGGUGAGUCACCCUCCCCAGUCCAAUGACCACCUCACGCCAACGCCUGUCUCCUACACCGCGGGCUUCUACCGCAUCCCCGUGGUGGGGCUCACCACCCGCAUGUCCAUCUACUCAGACAAGAGCAUCCACCUGUCCUUCCUGCGGACAGUCCCUCCCUACUCCCACCAGGCGCACGUGUGGUUCGACCUGAUGCGCGAGUUCAACUGGAACCACAUCAUCCUGAUCGUGAGCGACGACCACGAGGGGCGGGCUGCUCAAAAGAGGCUGGAGACCCUCCUGGAGGAGAGGGAGACCAAGAAUAAAAAAAGGAACUAUGAAAACCUCGACCAACUGUCCUAUGACAACAAGCGAGGACCUAAGGCAGAGAAAGUCCUCCAGUUCAGCCAGGAGACUAACUUAACUGCCCUGCUGCUGGAGGCCAAAGAGCUGGAGGCCCGAGUCAUCAUUCUGUCCGCCAGUGAGGAAGACGCUGCUGCGGUGUACAAGGCGGCCCGCUUCCUCAACAUGACGGGCUCGGGCUACGUGUGGCUGGUGGGCGAGCGGGAGAUGUCGGGUAAAGCCCUGAGCGAGGCGCCAGACGGUCUGAUCGGCCUCCAGCUCAUCAACGGGAAGAACGAGUCGGCCCACAUCAAUGACGCGGUGGCUGUGGUGGCUCAGUCCAUCCAGGAGCUGUUUGAGAAGGAAAACAUCACGGAGCCUCCGAGAGGAUGUGUGGGCAACACCAACAUCUGGAAGACGGGGCCCCUCUUUAAACGGGUUCUGAUGUCAUCCAAAUACCCAGAGGGCCUCACCGGGCGCGUGGAAUUCAAUGACGACGGCGACAGGAAGUACGCUCACUACAGUAUUCUCAACUACCAGAAGACUCGACUCAUACAAGUCGGCAUCUACAACGGAACACAGGUGGUGAUGAACAAUCAGAGGAAGAUCAUCUGGCCCGGAGGAGAGACGGAGAAACCGCAGGGCUUCCAGAUGUCCACUCGAUUAAAGAUCGUGACGAUACACCAGGAGCCAUUUGUGUACGUGAAGCCGACUAUGCCGGAUGGAACGUGCCACGAGGAGAUGACACUGAAUGGAGUCUUAAUUAAAAAGGUUAUCUGCACUGGGCCCAAUGAGACCAUCCCAGGUAACACUUCAGGUCGCCCAAUCGUACCCCAGUGUUGUUACGGAUUCUGUAUCGACCUCCUGAUCAAGCUAGCUAUGACCAUGAACUUUACCUAUGAGGUGCACCUGGUGGCUGAUGGGAAGUUCGGAACUCAGGAGCGGGUGAACAACAGUAACAAGAAAGAGUGGAAUGGCAUGAUGGGAGAGCUCCUGGGGGGCCUGGCCGACAUGAUUGUGGCCCCGCUGACUAUAAACAACGAGCGAGCCCAGUACAUCGAGUUCUCCAAACCCUUUAAAUAUCAAGGCCUCACCAUCCUCGUUAAAAAGGAAAUUCCUCGCAGUACACUGGACUCGUUCAUGCAGCCGUUCCAAAGCACGCUGUGGCUGCUGGUGGGUCUAUCGGUGCAUGUGGUGGCGGUGAUGCUUUACCUACUAGACCGGUUCAGGUACAAGGGGGACCUGUCUGUGUGUAUGUGUGUGCCCAUGUGUGUGUUUGUGUAUUCAUGACUGAAUCAGAGUGCGUGUGUGUACCUGCACUCCUGAGCGCUGCAGAUCUUCCCUCAGUGUGGACGAGGAGGCAGACAGAGGUGAAGAUCGUCUCCAACCAUCCCACCG